CUCUCUUCUCUUCUCCAUCUCCAUCUCCACCUUGAGCCGCUCCAGCACGGCUCGUCCUCACCGUAGAGAGCCGGGAGCAGGGCCAAGUCUCCUUGCUGAAGAGGCGGGGCCCCUGCAUGGCUAAUCGAUCCUUCAUGGAGAGAAACGACGCAAGGCAGUGCCGGGCAGCUUAAGAAGAACCAACCACAAGGGCAUGGGUGAGAGCCGCUGCCUGCCUCCGCGGCCGCAGCGCCUGCGCGUGGUGGCGCAGCGGGCAAGGGUGGUGUGGCCGUGGCGGGUGCGCCGGAGAGCGUGCAAUGCUGACGGCUGGCCGUUGCAGGCAAUGGCCAGCGAGUGGUCGCGGCAACAAUACGCAGUGCACACUGCACACCACCCGUUCGACGAAAUGUGACGCCGGUGAGAAAUUGUCGGAAUUUUGUCACUUUAUUGUUGAAUUUUGUUAAAUGCUUUGAGUUUUAUUUCUCUUGGAUUUGCUGGAUCUUCUACGUUUUUUAUGUAUUUCAAAUUCUUUAGAAUUUGGGUGGGUGGGUUCAGAACAACUCCCAAAAUGAACGAAGGGAUUAAACGAAUCCAAGGGUCGAUUAGGUUCCAAGUGGGUAAUUUGGCCCAAACAAGCCAGCCCCAAGGUAUUUUGCGCCGUGGCUCACUGCUCAGACCGAGUUAUAUUUGUACACCCAAGUUGAAGGAAAAAUAGUAAUAUUAUCUACCAACUUGAGCUCGCGAAGACUAGAUUUAAUCGCGUCAACAACCAUGCGGUAUUUAAGUUGCAAAUGAUGAAUAUUAGUAUGCUCUGUGUACGUGUUUCCAUCUCAGCAGUCAGUAUCUAAAUUGCAAGUGGACCUUUUUUCUUUCAUAGCUUGACCGAGACCCUCCACCACAUAAAAUGCAACACGUAGAACAUUUGCAAUGGGGACAAAUUACAAAGUUGAACGGAAAAAUAAUAUUGUCCUGCGGUAGUGCCAACUUGAGCUCACGAAUACUAUAAUUUAAUCGCGUCAACAAUCAUGCAAUAUGUAAGUUGCAAAUGAUGCAUAUUAGUACGCUCUGUGUAUGCGUUUCCAAUUCAGCAAUCAGCAUCUAAACUGCAAGUGGACAUUUCCUUCUUAGCUUGACCGAGACCCUCCACCACAUAAAAUGCAACACGCAAAACAUUUGCAAUGGAGACAAAUUAUGAAGUUGAACGAGAAAUUAAUAUUGUCCUGCAGGUAGUACCAACUUGGGCUCGCGAAAACUAUAAUCUAAUCGCGUCAACAACCAUGCAGUAUUUAAGUUGCAAAUAAUGGAUAUAGUAUGCUCUGUACGCGUUUCCAACUCAACAGUUAGUAUAUCUAAACUGCAAGUGGACAAUUUUUUUUCUUAGCUUGACCGAGAACCACGACCACAUAAAAUGCAACGUGCAGAACAUUUGCAAUGGAGACAAAUUACUCUUGGAGAAUCACAAGUGCCUAGAAGCUUCAGAAAUCCUGCCCGCUUACAUACAGGCUGUAGCAUGAAGCAGGUAAAGUCAGACAUGAAUAAGCUUAAACACAGGAAAUCUUGCUUCUGAAUCACCAAUCGGAGGAGGCCACACAAGGUAGGCACUUGUAUUUGGAUAACACACAGAGUUAACAAAGGUCCAGAGCACUGUAUUCACCCAUUUAGGACCAGGUUUAUAAGUAACAAAGGUCCAGAGCACUGUAUUCACCCUUUAGGACCAGGUUUAUAAGUAACUAUAUAUUACAGGAGGGACCAAAUUCUAUUUGCCCAUUCAGCGUAGUGGUUAACAUUUGACUUCUAUUUAAUAGGGGAUGUUUUGCUGUUCAGAUUUGAUUUUCCUUUUCAAGAUUAGAUCUGACCCUCCUAAGUUGUUGCCGCCCUUGGUUAGCAUUGUUGAUAACUUCACAGGAAGCGUCACCACAACUUGCAGAAGCAGAGGUUCCCUGGCCAUCUAGAUCUAGGUGAAAGCUAAGUUAGCCCCUUCCUUGUGCCCCCAAAGCUCUGAUUGCAUACAUUGCAUAGGAGAAAAGGAGGGCCGCAUUAGGAAAUGCCACAAGUAAAAGCAGUUGAUGUGAGCUCCAGAAAACACUGAUUCGUUGCAUUGGAGGAAAGGAGGGCAGCAUUUGGAGGUGGCACAAGCAGAAGCACCAUAUCUGAGCUCCAGGUACUCAAGGCCGACCACCCCCGAGUCGUAAAUUGUAAUAACUAAAGGAUGCUAUUUAUUCUUCUGUGUUUUACGCUGUGGUAUGUUAAAUCUUCCCACCAUGAAUUAGUUCGACUGGUUUCACAUUUUGUUCUUUAUUUCGCUGCAUUUUCUGUGCAAACAGUUGACUUAAUGAAAUUAGGGAUUACCGCAGCUGUUGCUCCCUGAUGCAAUAACAUAUAUGUUGCUUCUUUUUGGCUCUUAGAAGCAAGAAGGUUGUAAGGGUCUGCCCGCAAAGAAGCACUUCAGCAACUCAAAGGGCUACAGUUAGUACACUUGUUUUCACUGGAAAUUUGGGUGAAAAAGACACUUACAAAAAAUGGUCGGUAUGGAAGCUGUUGUAUUGUCUGCUGCAGUAUCUGGGGUAUUGAAGAUUGUCGGCAACAAGUUAGCUCAACUGCUAGAAAAAGAGUACACCUCGAUAGUGGGUGUGGAAAAGGAUAUCCAAGAGCUCCAAGAUCAAGUUAGGGAGAUCAACUGUUUGCUGGAGACAGUAGGAGAUAAAGUUACGCGAAAUAAUCCAUCAUCUAGUUGGCUCAAAAAGUUGAAAGAUGUAGCUUAUGCUGUUGAUGAUGUUGUCGAUGAGUUCCAGCUGAAGGCUGAGAAACAUGAUGCUUGUGGUGAUAGUGGUAUUGUGUCCAAAUAUAUGUGCACAAAACCAAAAUCAUUUAUACUUCAAUGCAAGGGAGUCAGCAAGAUCAAGGAAAUCAAGAAGAGAUUUGCUGCAAUUGUGAAGCAAAGAACUGACUUCGGUGCAAUAGCAAAUAGUUUAACUGUUGGUCAUUCUGUUCCGCAUAUAAACAAGAAAACUAGGGAUAUGCCAUCAUUGCCCAUCGUGGAUGUGGCAUCAAUACUUGGUAGAGACCAAGAGAAGCACCAGAUAAUAUCUAAAUUGAUCGAGACUAAUGACCAACAGAAAAUCAAGAUAGUUUCUGUCAUUGGACUUGGCGGGUCUGGGAAGAGUACCUUGGCUAAACUGGUUUUCAAUGAUGGUAACGUUAUAGAGAAGCAUUUUGAAGUUAGACCAUGGGUUCAUGUGUCACAAGAAUUUGAUGUUGAAGAGCUCAUCAAGAAGCUAUUUGAAGCUAUUAGUGGUGAAAAGUCUGAACGCUACCCCUUGCAACAAAUGAGCAAAACAAUAUCAGACAAGUUAACCGGAAAGAGGUUUCUGCUUGUAUUGGAUGAUGUUUGGAUUGAUUCCCAAAUUCAGUGGGAAGAAUUCAUGGUACAUCUAAUGAGGGGUGCACCUGGAAGCGCGAUUUUACUCACUACCCGCAAUAGAAAAGUUGCGGAAACGGUGGGAUCUAGAUCCACAGACCAAUUUGACUUGCCAUUCUUAUCUGAUGAUGACAGUUGGCAACUGUUCCAACAAAAAAUGCCUGUAAAAGGUUCAGAGGUUGGAUUUGUAGAGGUUGGAAAAGAGAUCGUAAAAAAAUGUUGUGGGGUGCCACUAGCAAUUAUAGCUCUUGCAAGUGUCCUCCAUGGCAAGGAAUGGAUAGAACAGUGGCAGGCUGUGAGAGACAACAAUUUAUUAGAUGUUGAGGGUGAAGAACAUAGAGUAUCUGCGUGCUUGAGGUUGAGUUAUCUCAGUUUGCCAUCUCAUCUGAAGCAGUGCUUCACAAUAUGUUCAUUGUUUCAUAAAGGUUACAAGAUUGAUAAAGAACAAUUGAUGGACCUAUGGAUUGCUCAUGAUAUGAUCACUCCAGUGGAUGAUGGUGGUCAUUACUUGGAAGGCUAUGAGUGCUUUAAUUCUCUUGUGCAAAUGUCUUUUGUACAAGAUGUGCAUGAAUAUGAUGGGAGAGUGAGAUGCACGAUGCAUGAUUUGGUUCAUGAUCUUGCCCGAUCCAUCUUGGAUAGUGAGAUUUCACUUGUGCCAAAGGAGCUAGCCAGUUCUACAAAUAACUGUAGAUACUUCUCUUUAACUGAACAACCAAGAAAUCAUCUGCACAAAAAUUAUUUUGAAAAAGCACGUGCUAUAUAUGUUUAUAGGGGUAAUGACAAAAUAUUUGGCAAGGCAUUGAAGAAUGCAAGACACUUGCGCAGUAUCAUUGUGGAAUAUAGCUGUCCAGAAAUAGUAACCAUGUUUCAGGUAAAAAAUUUGAAAUAUCUUAAGAUGUCAAGACUACGAUGCUCUGCACUUCCAGAGGCUAUUUCAAAUGUUUGGAGCCUGCAAGCGCUUCAUUUACCAUAUAGUGAUAUUGUCAGGUUGCCUGAAUCAAUUGGUAGGCUGCAGAAGUUAAGGACACUAAACUUGUCAGGGUGUGAAAGCCUAGAGAGUUUACCAGAUUCUAUUGGUGAUUGCCACAUGAUUUCAAGCAUUGAUCUUUGGAAUUGCUAUUGCCUUCGAGUGUUGCCAAACUCUAUGGGCAGAAAUAAAAAGCUACGAGUGUUGAGACUAGGUCACACCAAAAUUGAGAGGCUACCAUCAAGUAUCACAAAACUAGAAAAUCUAGAGUGUUUGGACCUUGGGUAUUGUCGCAAGCUGGUAGAGCUGCCUGAACACAUCGGGAACUUGAAGAAGCUUGAAGUUUUGAACCUAGGUGGAUGUGAAAGUUUGAGAACCAUGCCGGUAGGCAUCGGACAACUCACUCGACUACAAAAUAUGAGUUUAUUUGUUGUGGGCGAGGGUGAAAAAUCUGCACGAAUCUCAGAACUUGGAAAUGUAUCUAGGAUUAGUGGGAACCUAACUAUCAUAGGUGUUGCAAGUGUGACAGAUCCAGAUGAUGUGCACCAGGCAUGCUUGAAACAAAAGACAAACUUACAGAGCCUAGACCUAAAGUGGGAGAGGAAAAAUGACUUGGACAAUGUGAACACUGAAUUGGAGCAGGCUGUACUUGAUGGUCUGGAACCUCCAUCAGGAAUUAAAUGCCUAAACAUUAAAGGGUAUGCAGGUGGGCAAUACGCACGGUGGAUGCUGAAGCAAGCUGGUGGUGGAGCACAGGGGCCUCCUCAAUUCACAUGUUUGACGGUGAUGAGGCUAUCAUUUUUAGGAAACAUAAAGCAUCUGGAGGGGCUUGUGGAGUUGCCUUGUUUGAAGGAGCUUGAGCUGAAAUAUAUUUCCUCUCUUGAAAGCAUUAACGGAGGCCCAUUUCCUUUGUUGGUGAAGUUAAGAAUGGAGGGACUGGAUCGCCUGAGAGAGGUGUGGAUGGUAACAGAGAGGACCUUAGCUGGUGGGGAGGAGGGGGGAGGCUGCAGCAACCACUUGGGAGGAUUGCAAAUUGGUAGUCGUCUAUCACAUUUAACCAUACGACAUUGUCCUAAAUUGGUAGUGAGGCCGUACUUCCCGUCUUCACUGGAGUACUUGGAGUUGUAUGGCAGCAAAGAACAGCUGCUAUUGUAUGGUCAACCACAUAGCGUGUCCCUCCGAUAUCUGAAUAUUGGGAAAUGCUCUAAUCUUUGCAUGCUGCCCGAGUGGCUAGGGGAACUGCGGUCUCUGCGAAAGAUGGUUAUCUGUCACUGCCCUAGCUUGAGCAGCCUUCCUCAAUCAAUGGGUCAUCUCACCUCCCUCCAGGUGCUCGAAAUAGGACCCUGCAAUGCACUUCACCAAUUGCCCGAAUGCCUGGGUGAGCUCCGCUCUCUACGCGUAUUCGAGAUUCACAAUUUGCCGGGCCUGACUUGCCUUCCCCGGUCGAUGUGCCGCCUCACCUCUCUUGAAGAGCUUCACAUCUGGAGCUGUGCUGGCAUCAAAUCCUUGCCGGUGUGGAUAAAAGGCCUCGCCGCUCUGCAGAAAUUGUCCAUUGCUUUCUGUCCUGAUCUGGAGAGGCGCUGCGAGGACAAGGGAGAGGACUGGCACCUCAUCUCCCACAUCCCUUAUCGGCGGAUUUGGUCCAUGUCCGCUUUCGAUUGAAGUUGUGGCCAUACAAUUUUCUCUGAGCAUAUAGGAAGGUGUGGUGGGUGUGUGUGGUGCUGUACUCUUUGAUGCCUACAGUUUUACUUAUGGGUAUCCAAAUUCCAAUUGGACUGAUUGAUGAUGAGAAUUUUGAGGUAAUAUACAUUCGUAAAGGGACAUGCUGCCAACACCAUUGUUGUUAUUUGUUAAGCCUGCAUAUCAACAACGUCAACCAGCAAACGAAGCACAUUUCAAGAUCGUAUUGCAAGGUGUCCACUCAAAAAGAAAAGAAAAAGAUUGUAUCACAUGGUCUUACAAGAUACACAUUUUCAGUACCAUCUGUGGUAUACUUGCCUUCAUUCGGUCAUCUGCCUAUCAGAAGAAAUGGAAAACCAAUCAAAAGGAAGAAAGUUCAUAUGGUUAACACCUGUACCUGAUGCUGUUUGCUAUGAAAUGUUCUAGUGUUCUUUGUCAGGCACAAACAGUUGUCUUCAGAAAUGUCUUUAAUACUAUAUGAAUACAGCUGUGAUAAUGCAACUCAAAGGUGAACUGAUAUCAAAUAUGCUACUUCAAAAUAUCCGUUUCAUCAUUUACUGAAAAGAUUUAAACUAGAAGUUCGCAUGUGCAUGUAUUAAUUCAUUUUCUGGUGACAAAAUUUCAGGUGCAUGCUUAGAGCUGAAAAUUCAAUCUGCACUAUAUUGAAUGGUGUCCGCCUAGUCCAGGCAUUCAUGCUCAUUGCAAAUGUUUGGGCUGUCAAGAAGCAAAUAUCAGAUAUCACUAGAAAAUACCGCGCCGUUGGCGCACCAUGCUGCCGGUAGCUGAAUAUGGUUGUUGGUGUGGUUAUUUUUUCAUUGUAAUUUGAAGUGGUAAUAUAUGCAUAUGAAGGACCCAUAACCAUAAAUCAGUACAAACAGGGAUGCAACUUGUCAGGUUUUAUCACAGGAGCAACACUAUAAAGGAUUGCAGGUUGCUGCUUGAUUUCC